UUUUGCCUACAUUAAGUUCGCCACUCCCAAGACAGUAGAGCAAGACUAAUGGAUUUAUUACGGUCAUUGUGCGUUCUCGCAACUAUUUGGGAAACGGUCCAUUUGAAUAAUUAUUAGCAAGAGAAAAUAUCCAUCUAGUGCAGAAAACCGGGCAACAAAUUUUAGAGGCAUGUCUCCUAACUAUAAGCUGAUUUACUUCAAUGCUAGAGGGCGAGCCGAGCAUAUCCGUUUUAUAUUCGCUUAUGCCGGCGUGGAAUACGAGGACGAGAGGAUCCCUCGAGAAAAAUGGCCAGAAAUCAAAAAAAGAACGCCGUUUGGAAUGCUCCCAGUCCUUGAAAUAGAUGGAAAAGCGGUGGCUCAGAGCAACGCUGUGGCAAGAUAUCUGGCGAGACAAUAUGGCUUAGCAGGACGAAAUGAAUGGGAAGCUUUGCAAUGUGACGUCUUGGUUGACACUCUAGGAGAUCUCAAACAGGUUCUUGCACAAUUUCGAAUGGAACAGGAUCCGAUCAAGAAGGAAGAAAAGAAGGCCCGCUUGAUGAAGGAAACAAUACCUUUUUAUUUAUCCAAAUUCGAGAAAAUUCUCUCGGAAAAUAACGGAUUUUCAGUGGGAUCUGAGAUAACCUGGUGCGAUUUUGUGUUCGCUGUGUCUCUCGAAAACUUCGAGCACAUCUUUGGCAAAGCCGCUCUGGAUCAGUAUCCGGCCCUGAAAGCUCUAAAAAUAAAAGUCUAUAGCAUUCCUAGUAUAAACGCAUGGGUGUCGAAGCGACCCGCCACUGAAUCGUAAACUGUUCGCACAUUUGUACAUAUUUCAGUUGGGGACUUUGUAAUUGGACGAGCAAUUACACUCCGGCCUUAAUCGGUUUUAUUCAACUCUUGGUUUCGACGAUAAACAUAUCACCAGAUAUCCCAAAUGAGUUUCUAGAAGAGCGAACGAGUUCGCGAAAUGUACCUAGCUGUAAGUUAAGUAUGUGUUCAAAAUCAAAAAUUUAUAAACGAGUUGUUUAUCAGUGUGUACAAUGUAAACAUGGUAUACUGCUAUAAAAUACAAUAACAAAAAUUGUACAUAGAAUCAAAAAUUCUAGAGGAUUAUUUUUUAGGAGAUUUUAGAAAAGCACGCUACUUGUAAUAUUUUUAUAUUAUAUCUAUAUUUGUAAAAAAAAGUCGGUUAAAUUUCCAGGUUAAGCAUUUCUUUCUUCAGUUCCAGUAGAGUCACCAAAUCAAUGUACAUGUAAUGGCUCAUGUAAAAAGCGCUUUACAUUGCUGUUCGAUAGACUUAGUAAUUGUUGGAUUAUUUAAUAGGUGUUGUUAAUACAAUGAGUUUAAUUUAGUUUUUUAUUACAUGUAAUGUUUGUAUUAUUUGUUAUUCCAUAGAAAUGUCUAGUUGUUUAAUAAAAACCUCAAAAUCAAA